UUCUACUAUAAGUACUUAUACUCUUUAAAGAUGGGUUGCAAUCAAUCAAAGAAUGAGGAUAAUCAAAAGGCAGACGAGAGAAAGCGCAAUCCUGAUGUAAAGGAGCCAAUCUCAGCACAGACACCAUCAAAGCAGAUAGGUGUGCCCAUCAAGGAAGAGGAGCAACCAGAUGUCUCCUACUCACAAAUGAGAGAGAUGGACAACGACUACUUCAAAGACAUCAUCGACAGAACUGCUCAGAAAUUCAUCGACGUCUCAACCGUUGGUCCAGAGGCUGCUGAUGUAUUCUUGGAGAGAGAGAAGGAUUACAGUUCGCAGAUUAAAGAGACAUCGAUUGGCAAGUCAAGCAUUCUAUACUCUCUACCUCAUCUGUCUCAGUCAUGCCAGAUGGCCAACCUUCACAACCUUUUGUCUCAACCAGUUCCCUUUGACAAUGAAUUGAUGACCAAGUGCUCAUCAAGUAUAUCAUCGGCGAUUGGCAAUAUCCAUGUGAAGGAUUGUGGAGAGUUGGUGGUCUUCUUUGGUACAUCGCUCAAAUAA